AUGGAAUCAUUGUUUACAGUCCGUGUUUCUAUGCACAAGUUAUGGCCCGAAGUUAAUCUCAAUAUAGAGGACAAGCUGGAUAUCGAGGCACUGCAGAAGGAAAUGAACAAGAAGGCGGACCUUCACGAGCCGAACCCUAACACAGCAGAACCAUCCGGAAAACUGGGCGACACCGAAGCAAAUCUAGAUGACCAGGAGGACGACUCGGGUCCGCCAAACGAAGACGCAGAUACCGCCAACGGACAAAGCAGCCAACCGGAGGGGCAGUCCGAAGACACCAACAAGACAGAUCACCCCGCAGUGGCUGAAUUUCGCAAAACGAGUGUCUUCUCAACGCGAAGUCUGGGCCACCCAGUUGGACUGCGGGUGUCGUAUCCCAGAUCCUCAAUUCGCUACUACCAGGUGGAAAUCACCAAGCCCUGCAGUUGGGCGCAGAGCAGUUAG